GGCACCAAGUAACCACAGAGAGAGAGAGAGAGAGAGAGAAAGUAGAAGAAAGUGGGGGCAAUGCAAAGCCAUACGAAGGGGCCCGUCGGUGCAUCACUUGGUGGUGGCCCAAGCGAGCAGUGCUCGACGGCGUCGGUUUUGGUGGGUAGGCUAGCGGGCUUACUCGCCAUGCACAUUCGGUCCGGCCAUCUCAGUGAUCCCUCUGCGUUCUCCGAUAUUUGUUUCUCCCUGGCCAAAGCGAUUGAUUAUGCAGUUGCGAGUAACGAGGUUCCACUAAAAGCACAGGAUUUGCCUAUAUUGGUUAAACAGGUAUAUAAGCAUCAAAAUAAUUCUCCCCUUCAAGCAGCUGUAAUGGCACUUAUGAUUUCUGUCAAGAAUGCUUGUAUGAUUGGAUGGUUUCAAAACAAAGAUGCAGAUGAUCUUCUUACAUUGGCUAAGGAGAUAGGUAAAAUUUUCAGUAAUACUGAGGAUUUUUGCAUUGAACCAAGCGAUGCUCUCCCCAGCAUUUCAAAAAUCAUGUCUAGAUUCUAUCCAUCCAUAAAGAUGGGCCACAUACUAGCUUCAUUUGAGGUCAAGGCUGGGUACAGGACCAUUGUCUCUGACUUCCAGAUCUUGAAGAAUACGGUGGUUUCUUUGCAAAAACAGAUAGGUCUGUUUGUUGCUCAAAGGGACAAUAUGGACACAUCCUCUUGCAUUGUGACUCCACCUCAAGCAAACUUUCUAUUCAAUGGGAAAGGUGUACGAGGAAGGAAUAAUGUUUCCAUGGACACUGGACCACAGCUGCCAACAAAUAUUACUGCAAUGCUCAAAUAUGGAAUCAAUCUUUUUCAAGCUGUGGGGCAGUUUAACGGUGAUUAUCUCAUUGUUAUAGCUUUCAUGAGUGUGAUGUCAUCAACUUCUGAAAUUCCAACACUUCAACAUUAUGUUCAGCCUGUUGUUGCUUCCCUUGAUUCUAAUUCUGAGAUAAUCGAGGGGCCAUCACGUGUUUCAUUAAAUUGCCCAAUAAGCCACAAACGUAUUAAAACUCCCGUAAAAGGACAUCUCUGCAAGCAUUAUCAGUGCUUUGAUUAUGAGAACUUCAUGGAAAUGAACUCAAGAAGGCCAUCAUGGCGUUGCCCUCUUUGUAACCAGUCCAUCUGCCACCCAGACAUACGCAUUGAUCAGGAUAUAGCUAAGAUCUUGGGAGAGGUUUCAGAGACUGUUGUUGAUGUGAUAAUAUCAGCAGAUGGAUCCUGGGUGGCUAUUUUGGAAAAUGAAGAUCAUACUGACCAAACAGGUUAUGAGACAAAAAGUUGUCAGCAAGAAAGACCUCGGCAGCGUGAGUGCAAUGGUUUGUCAAUUGUGCCAAUUGAAGUUGUUGAUCAUACCAUGAAAGGGGCCAAUGCUAGCGAUGCCAUCCGUGAAUCUGAAUGUACUGGCAAGCAACAUUUCCUGGAUGAUCCUCCAUGUUUUUCUGUUUCAAGAAAUCUUGUGCAAACAGAAGUCAGGAAUUCAGAUAUAGUGGACCAAAAUGGUUCUACUCAAAUAGAGGAAAAUAUCUGCUCAAGAAUUCCAUUGUCCGUUUCUGCUGCUCCACAAUGUCCAGAUGGCACACUUAGGCCUGGCCAUGUAACUGCUGCCAUUUCUGAAUUUUCUUCUUGCAAUUCAAUGCCUUCCCCUGUCCUAACAAAUGCUGUUUCUCCUGCACUGAAUGGAUCAGUGUAUGUAAAUGGGAAAACUGUACCGCUCUCAUUACUGCAAACCCAACUUUUAGGUCCCAGUAACUUGCAGUCACAGCAGUUUGGCUUUGCAAGAUCGAUUACAAGAAAUGAAAAUGGGAUGUUGCCAUCUACAGCUAUAAAUGCUGGCCGAACUUCAACUGCACCCCAGGGCCUCAAAGCCCAGGCUUCAUUUAGGAGUUCAUUUGAACAAAUGCCUUUGAAUUCAUUGAUGCCCAACGGUAACUCUUCUGCUAAUUAUCAGAGCACACCUUUUAUGGUACCCAAUAUGAAUGGAUAUUAUGCAUUUCAUGGGGGCAUGGAUAGCAGUCAGCAAUUACUCAGGCCACUUGUGAAUUCUUUAUCAUUCUCAGACAUGGCUUCACCUUCCAUGCGAGAUCAUUCCUCGACACAGAACUGGGAUGUUAACAAGCACCAUUGCAUUUCUGGUCAAGCAGUCCAACAGGCUGCUAGCUUUCCUGCCCAAGGUCCAGGUGCUUACCACAUCUCCUCUAGAUCCUCCUCUGGGCAUAAAAACCUAUUGCAAUCUAGCGCUUCUCACCCGAGGAUAAAUUCUGCUAUGACUCAGUCACAAAAUAUUGUCCGUCCAUCUUUUCAUGUACAACCAGUAGUGCAAUUUCAGCAAGGACAUGGUAGUGGUCAUGGCAUGCAAAAUGAUGAUAGCACUCAAACUUAUCACGGGGCUGCUUCUCAACCAAUGCCCCAGAUGUCAAGAACACCACCAUUUGUGCAAGUUCAACUCCAACAAUCUAGGAAGGACUCAUCAUUGCCUCUUUCGAUGGCUGGGAAGCGGCUGAGGACAACUAGCGAGUGGACGGGGAGUGUGGGUAAGACAAUACAUCCGGUCUUACCAGCCAAUAGCUCAGAAACGUUGGCAUCAGCACAGAGCUGGCAGCCCUCGGGCAGAAUGAGGGGAAGCCUGACAGGUGAGACUUAUGCUGCUGCUUUUAACCAAUUCAUGCUUCAACCUAUCCAGUCUGCUCAAUUUUCCCAAACUUCAUCUGACUUGAUGUCAACCCCGCACGGUGCAUUGCAAAUGGAAGGGCUUGUCUCAAGCAGCACCAACGCUCGAAUUAAUCUUCAGGCACAGUAAGGCUGGGAGGUUGGGCUGCUUUACCUGAACGGUGUAUAGGGACGCGUUGAUUAGCUAAUUUUCACACGGUAGUUGGGGGCUUUCCUGUAAUCAAAAUUUUGGUCUGCAUGCCAAGUUUCCAAGGUGCAUGCAAACAUCUUGUGAAGUUAAAGUUAUAGUGUACUUACAUGUUAUACGAGUAUAUCUUGUUAAAAGGUCACAGAAUUGGAGGGGUACUUCGUACUUGUAGUUUUAUAGGGGUUAUCCAAUAUUCAAGAGAAUUUUACUCUUCGUCUCUAGUCACUAUAUAAGAAGAAAUUAAUGAUUAUGAACUUUAUGUGGCUUU